UGUCCCUCAGACACAACGGAUCACCGAUCACGGAAAGAGCCGAAUAUGUCGGCUCGGUCAUGUGAUCAGCUGUGUCCAAUCACAGCUUAUCACACUGAUUAUCAGGGCACUGAUGAUCAGUGUGCCCUGAUGAUCAGUGUGGCCCCAGCAGUGCCACCUAUCAGUGCCUUGUGUCAGUGCUCAUCAGUGCCUCGUGCCAGUGCCCAUCAGUGCCUACCAGUGCACAUCAAUGCCACAUAUCAGUGCCCAUCUGAGCUGCCUUUCAGUGUCACCCAUCAGUGCCAGUCAGUGCCACCUAUCAAUGCCAAUCAGUGCCACCUAUCAGUGCUGCCAAUCAGUGCCACCUAUCAAUGCCAAUCAGUG